GACGAAAAACAAACAACAUCAGGAGAGAAAAGCUGUUUGUGAAUAAUGUGAAUCAGAACAGAUCGGUUUAAUGCUGCUAUCUAGAGACAGAAUGGAUUUAUGAACUGAAUGAAGUUUGUGUUUGAUGUUCUUCAUUGUUGAGACAGAGCUCUGCCUGUAAAAUGAGUCUCUUUGGGAAGAGAGAAGAGGAGGAGGAUGUUCAGUCACAUAAAGCAGCAUCACCAGAACCCAGCUGUGUGUCUAUAAAGAGUGACAGGUCUAUGUUGAGCCCCCCUGAAUUUAGUGAUGGAGCAGUGACCUCUGACCCUGAAAGCACUGCCUGUAAAAGGAGUUUCUAUGAGAAGAGUGAGGAGAAGGAGGAUGUUAAAGCAAUAUCUCCAGAACACAGCUGUGUGUCUAUGAAGAGUAACAGAUCCAUGUUGAGCCCCCCUGAAUUCAGUGAUGGAGCAGUGACCUCUGACCCUGACACUGCCUGUAAAAGGAGUUUCUAUGAGAAGAGUGAGGAGAAGGAGGAUGUUAAAGCAAUAUCUCCAGAACACAGCUGUGUGUCUAUGAAGAGUAACAGAUCCAUGUUGAGCCCCCCUGAAUUCAGUGAUGGAGCAGUGACCUCUGACCCUGAAGUGAAGAGAAAUUAUGUGAUCAGAUCAGUGACGCCCCGUCUGACCUGCACUGGCUCCAACUCUCAGACGCUUGUCAGGCAGAGAGUCAAAGACCAGCACAAAACCAGCAUGAAGAACAAGUAUGAAAGAUUAUUUGAGGGAAUCAAACUACAGGAAAAUCAAACCCUCCUGAACAGGAUCUACACACAGCUCUACAUCAUAGAGGGAGAGAGUGAAGGAGUGAAUGAAGAACAUGAGGUUUUACAGAUGGAGAAAACACCCAGAACAAAAGACACUCCAAUCUACUGCAAUGACAUCUUUAAACCCUUACAUGAACCAGGAUGUGAGGAGAAAGAUGAAAUCAAGACUGUUCUGACUAAAGGCAUCGCUGGAAUUGGAAAAACUGUCUCUGUGCAGAAGUUCAUUCUGGACUGGACCGAGGGAAAAGCCAAUCAGGAUGUAGAUUUCAUGUUUGUGCUUCCAUUUCGAGAGCUGAACUUGAUUAAAGAUCACCAGUACAGUCUUCACAGACUUCUGCUGGACUUUCAUUAAGAUUUUAAAGUUGUGUUCAUCUUUGAUGGUCUGGAUGAAAGCAGAAUUACACUGUUUUCAGAUGAUUCAGAUGAUGUUUGUGAUGUGAAUGAGUCUUCAUCAGUGGGUGUGUUGAUGUCAAACCUCAUCAGAGGAGAGCUGCUUCCCUCUGCUCUCAUCUGGAUCACCUCCAGACCAGCAGCAGCCAAUCAGAUCCCCUCAGAAUACAUCAACCGUGUGACAGAAAUUCAGGGAUUCAAUGAGCCUCAGAAGGAGGAAUAUUUCAGGAAGAGAAUCAGUGACCAGCAUCAAGCCAGCAGAAUCAUCUCACACAUCAGAAGAGCAAGAAGCCUCCACAUCAUGUGCCACAUCCCCGUCUUCUGCUGGAUCUCAUCCACUGUGCUUCAGAAGCUCCUGGAAGAAGAUCUGAGUGCAGAAAUCCCUCAAACUCUGACUGAAAUGUACAUCCACUUCCUGCUGACUCAGAUCAACAUGAAGAGUCAGAAGUAUGAUGGGAAAGAUCCAGAGAAACCCCUGAAGUCCAACAGAGAUGUGAUUGUGAAACUUGCUAAACUGGCUUUCAAACAGCUGAUGAAGGGCAAUGUGAUGUUCUACGAGGAGGACCUGAUUGAAAGCGGCAUAGACAUCACUGACGCCUCAGUGUAUUCUGGGAUUUGCACUGAGAUCUUUAAGGAGGAAUCUGUGAUUCAUCAGAGGAAAGUCUACUGCUUCAUUCAUCUGAGCUUUCAGGAGUUUCUUGCAGCUUUAUAUCUGUUUUACUUCCAUGUAGUCAAGAAUAAUGAAUCACUGAAGUUGUUUCUAAAUGAAUUUCACAGGAACAUGUGUGAAAACACUCUGUUUGAGCUGCUAAAAGCAACAGUUAAUCAAUCUUUGCAGAGUAAAAAUGGACACCUGGAUCUUUUCCUGAGGUUCCUGCUGGGCGUCUCACUGGAGUUCAAUCAGAGACUCUUACAGGAUCUGCUGACACACACAGUGAACAGCUCAGAGACCAUCAAGAGAAUCACACAGUACAUUAAAGCCACAAUCAAGGGUGAUGAAGGUCUCUCAGCUGACAGAUGCAUCAAUCUGUUCCUCUGUCUGCUGGAAAUGAAGGAUCAGACUCUGUACAGAGAGAUUCAGGAGUUUGUGAAAUCAGAGAAACUCUUGAUGAAUAAACUCUCUCCGUCUCACUGCUCAACAAUCGCCUACAUGCUUCAGAUAUCAGAGGAGGUGCUGGAUGAGUUUGAUCUGAAGAAAUACAACACAUCAGAUGAGGGUAGAAGGAGACUGAUACCAGCUGUGGUGAACUGCAGAAAAGCUCUACUUUCUUGCUGUAAUCUCACUGGUCGGUUCUGUGAAAGUUUGUCUUCAUGUCUACAAUCAUCAAACUCAAUGAGAGAGCUGGACAUGAGCAACAAUAAACUGCAGGAUUCAGGAGUGAAGCUCCUGUUUGAUGCACUGAAGAGUUCACACUGUCAACUCAACAUACUAAGAAUUGCUGGCUGUAAUCUCACUGAUCAGUGCUGUGAAAGUUUGUCUUCAUCUCUACAAUCAUCAAACUCACUGAGAGAGCUGGACCUGAGUCACAAUAACCUGCAGGAUUCAGGAGUGAAGCUUCUGUCUGAUGUACUGAAGAGUUCACACUGUCAACUCAACAUACUGAGAGUGACGGGUUGCAAUCUCACUGAUCAGUGCUGUGAAAGUUUGUCUUCAUCUCUACAAUCAUCAAACUCACUGAGAGAGCUGGACCUGAGUAACAAUGACCUGCAGGAUUCAGGAGUGAAGCUUCUGUCUGAUGGACUGAAGAGUUCACACUGUCAACUCAACAUACUGAGGUUAUCUGGUUGUAUGGUGACAGAGGAAGGCUGCUGUUUUCUGGCUUCAGCUCUGAGUUCAAACCCCUCACACCUGAGAGAGCUGGAUCUGAGCUACAAUCACCCAGGACAAUCAUUAGUCAAGCUGCUCUCUGAUCCAAACUACAGACUGGACAAACUCAAUGUGGGUCAUCGAGGAGAGAUCAGGAUUACAACAGGACUAAAGAAAUAUGCAUGUGAUCUCACACUGGAUUUAAACACAGCACACACUCAACUCGCCCUGUCUGAGAUGAACAGAACAGUGGAAUUUGUGAAAGAGAAGCAGCCAUAUCCUGAUCGUCCAGAGAGAUUUGAUAAGUGUUAUCAGGUUCUGUGUGAAGAGAGUCUGUCUGGACGCUGUUACUGGGAGGCUGAAUGGUGUGGGAGGGCAGUUUAUGUAUCAGUGACAUAUAAAGGAAUCAGCAGGAAAGGAUGCAGUGAUGACUGUUGGUUUGGAUUCAAUGAAAAGUCUUGGAGUCUAAACUGGUUUAUUGACAGAUUCACUGUCAGUCACAGUAAUAAGAUUACAGAAAUAUCUGCCCCUUCAUGUCUCUAUAACAGAGUAGGAGUGUAUCUGGACUGGUCGGCUGGCACUCUGUCCUUCUACAGCAUCUCUGACACACACACACUCACACACUUACACACAUUCAACAGCACAUUCACUGAACCCCUCUAUGCUGGAUUUACAGUUUUUUAUGAUACUUCAGUGUCUCUGUGUGAGAUUAACCCUGAAAGACAGAGACAGACACCCAGAGCUAAAAAUAACUAUUGC